AUCCGCCAACACUACUUGACUCGACAUCUUCAUCACUCAACUGACCUCUACCAUGUCUACCAAGAUCCGUCGUCCAGUCGCCAUGUCGACGCCUAAGAAGCAGGUCCCGAAGACGCCUAGCCGUCGCGACGCGAGCCGGCAGGCUGUCCUUGACAACUACGAGCUUGAGGUCUCACACCGAACAUCUACCAAGCGCGCCGAGCUUGACAGUAUGCUGUCUACCUUCCUUUCCCUCGUCGAAGCCGAAAUUCUUCGCAUCCCGCGCGACCUGCGCACCAUGACGCUCGGCGAGCUCGACGAGUGCUGGGCGGGCAACUUUGCCGACACUUCCCGGCGGCUUGCAGAGAAGCGCUUUGAGCGCACGGCGCCUUCAACGGACGAGCAGUCGGUGUUGGCUGCUGCAAAGAGAAAGAGAGAAGGGCAGUCACCACUUCCCUCCGAAAAGACGACGAAGAGUGCGCGCACCAAGAAGCCUGUACCUGCACCGAAGCGCCGCACCAAGAAGGCCGCCAAGACGCCGCUCCCUCCUGCAACCAGCGCCUCGACGCUCCCACAGGACCACGAGUUCAAUCCCCAGCUGCCCCAGACACCCGCAGGACGGGCGCCUCGGCGCAACGAGUCGUUUUUCAGCCAGAACGGCUCGCCAGUGAACCCCGAGCUGGAGAGUGAGAGCGAGCACGACGAUGAGCUGCCCGAUCCCGCAGCGAUGGAGGAAGCCGCUGAACGCGCGUCGGAGCGCGCAUCACAGUCCAGCCGAGCAACGACGCAGUCCAAGUCGAAACGUGCCCCCUCCCUAAUCUUCCGUCAGAGUUUGGCGCCAGCAUUGGUCGAUGAUGCCCUCGUCGACAUUCCCCUGAGCGACGGUCGCACAAUCACGUUCAACCCACUCGCUUUGUCGCCGGGACGGAUUGACGACGAGCUCGAAAACGGCGGGCUGGGAAGCAAGGAGAAGGCGAGCGUCAAGAAGCUCGUGCAGGACGAGGUGUUCCGGUCGCUCACUCAGCGGAUGGAGCGCUGGAAGGCGCUGUAGUUGAGAGUUUGUCGAUAGCCCCUCUCCGAUUGCUUCUCCUGCGCGUAUCUCGAUCUCCCUUGUCGUCUUAGAUUGCCAUACCUGUAACAAUGCAUGUACCUUGUCCAGCCCG